CCUCACAUACACAUAGACAAGAGUGCAAGCCUUUCACCAUGGCGUGCAGAAACGCACUGUCCUCCGUUGCCUUCCUCGGGGUUUUGCUGCUCUCAUGCAGUUACAUGAGCAGCGCAGCACGUCACCUGGAGGAAGCCAUGCCCAAGGAGAAGGAGGAGCACCCACCACAUCCCAUUGCGCCGGAGCUGCCAAAGCCCGAACUCCCACCACACCCUGUUGUACCCGAGCUGCCAAAGCCUGAACUUCCUCACCCUGUCGUCCCAAAGGAGCCCGAAGUGCCGCACCAUGCAGUACCGGAGAUGCCAAAGGAGCCUGAAGUGCCGCACCCUUCUGUGCCGGAGCUACCGAAGCCCGAGUUGCCGCCACACCCUGCAAUGCCCGAGCUGCCGAAACCUGAGCUACCUCAUCCAGUUGUCCCUGUGGUGCCAAAGGAGCACGAAGUCCCACACCCUGUCGUACCAGAGGCACCAAAGGAGCACGAAGUGCCCCAUCCUGCUGUGCCCGAGCUGCCAAAGCCGGAAAUUCCACAUCCUACCAUGCCAGAGGUGCACCCUGCUGUGCCAAAGAUGCCGGAAUUUCCGCACCCCACCAUGCCGGAGUUUCCAAAGCAUGAGCUGCCACCAUUCCCAAAAGCCGAGCUGCCCCCGAAGCCCAAGUUCCACUUUCCAGAGCCAGAGGCCAAGCCAUGA